CUCAGGGGGCCGUGGCAAGAACGGGUUUACCAAUUACCAGUUAUCCAGCGUUCGCCCAGUUCCGCCGCGCCGGGUCAACUUCCCCAACUCCACUUGGCUCUCCGAGCAAAAACAGAGCUGUCGCUCAUCCUUUCCACUCGCUCUCUCCCUUUGAAUCUCGAACUCCCGCUCAAAGGCUACCCACAACCUCCUCCCCCCCCUCCCCCAGGCCAUGUCGUGCAAGCGUCAUCUCCGAUCCCGACCUGGGCUGCUGAUGCGUAUUUAGAGUCCUCUCCUAUCAAGCUACGAAACAAGGCCUGGACUUUCUGGACCCUCGGAGCCGCUUCGCGACGCGACGGAGCGGUUCGCCGCAGAGCUUGUUGUUUGGUAGCUCUCGCGAAUCGCCCGCAAUGGAGCCCCUCCCUUCAGCCUUCGACUCACCGACCCAUUAUAGAAACAAGUCGGCAGAGUCCCAAAUUCGCAUCGAUGAGCUGCCAGCCGUGAACCGAACCCGUCAUGGAGGACUUCACAACAAUGCGACGUCUCCUUUACGCCGCGCCAACACGGUGGCACAGAGUGGGAACCUCAUUAAGAGGAACCUGGAACUCAAGGCUACACGAGAAAAGAUCGGCAUGACGACUGGGUUACGUGCUAAAGAUAGCCAUGAAAUGUCACGAAAUGCCCCAUUACAACGAUCCAAGACCCAAAUACACCGGCCCCCGCUGGAAGCCAGCCCAGCGGGACGCAAAGCAGGUCAUUUUACGGUUGGUAGUGUCGGCCAGAAUGGCAAGAUCUUUCUCAGGCCGAUUGCAAAUGCGCCGCAGAAAGCCUCUUCAAUAGUUCCAUUCUCCUCUAUCGAUCAAGUAGCGAGCGACCGUCUUCAGCCGCAAAGACACGCGCCAGUUCGAGAUGACCCGUCACGGUGGUCGAGUUCGCAGCUCUCUGAACUUCGCCCACGAGGAAACCUCGCCGAUGAUAACGAGUCUGUCUUUUCCUCCGAAGCACCGCGGCCCGAAUCCAACCUCUACCAUCGACAACGAUCCAAUUCCUUCUCUACCAUUUCAGAGCAACAGUCGGUAUCGGGUGCUGGAAAGCGUGGAGAGUUGCGCAUUGUGAUUGACCGAUCGGAGGAUCGACCCAAGUCGGCUGGCGAAAAGACUGGCAACUCGGCUCUAGAAGUCCCUAUCCCCCAUUACCGGCUCGGUUCCCCACAUUUCAACACUGAAGGUAGUGCAAUCCUGCAUAGUUCCGUCUACACGCGGACCUCAAUGUCCGACAACUUUCGAAACUCGACCUUGCUCGGUGGCAUGGCGGAUCCGUUGCCAACUCAUCUCCAAAGCGCAUACAGCAGAGAUUCCUUUUCUCGAAACCGCCCCUCUUUUGCGGUUUCUUUAUUCUCUGGGACUGGCGCUAUAGAUCUCAGCCGAGCUUCCCCCAUCCCGAGGAACUCGGUGGUCUACGAGUUGAAGGGACCCGUCGAGCCCUCUAUCUAUGAGGCCUUGGUCUCGGAUAUGGAUGGUGAAUCGGUCGUGCGGUAUAUUCCUGGCACCAAAGAUAUAAGUGCAGCUACGCCCGCCCGCAUCGUCGCACAGAUCUCCUCCGAGUCGUUCAUGGACUACGAGCUGGUCUCAGAUUUCUUCCUCACGUUCCGCUCGUAUCUUUCCACAGGCCACCUACUUGCUCUACUUCUGGCACGUCUACAAUGGGCUAUCAACCGCCUUCAGGAGGAUGGACGCAUUAUUCGUAUCCGGACCUUUGCAGCACUUCGUCAUUGGAUCUUGAAUUAUUUUGUCGAUGACUUCGUUGCAAACUUCGAUCUUCGAACCCACUUUUGCGACACUAUCAACAUGCUGUACGAUGACGUGAAGUCACGAGAGACCGGCGGUAUGAGUGAUUUGAAGAUUCUAAUCGAUUUGAAGCGUUGUUGGAAUGGCAAGUGCUCCGUCUAUUGGACUGCAACGGAACUUUCACGUGCCUACAAUGAUCCCGAUACUCCAAUUGCCCCAGGUAGCAUUCACAUUGACUUGCCUCCUGUCGAAGCGCUUCACCAGAGCGCUCCCCCCGAGGGCAAAGUUCCUCAGGAAGAUACGAGGUCCCGUGACAGUCUGCCCGUGUCCAUACAGCAUGACCGGAAUGAUUCUGCUGCCACUGCCCAAAGCAUACCUUUCUCCACCAAGAGUGAGCAGAGUGUGGUAGCACUGUCGUGUUCGCUUCCACCCAAAUCUCUGAAACGCUUGUCUAUGCCUUAUCUAAAAGGCAAGGCACCGCACCCGGUACCUUUGGGCCUUACCAAAACCACGUCUCCCCACGAACCACCUCCUUCAUCACCAAAGCUGUCACGGUAUCCCUUUCAUGGCCAUACACACAAGAGAAGUGGUAGCUUCUCUGAUUCCGUGCGAGAUGAUCGAGUGCCUAUGUUUGGCGUAGAACCCAGUUCGGCCGUACCUCCGCCGCAAGAGAUCGUGGACCCCGUCAGCUUCAUUCGCGGGGCUCUAUAUCCCCCGGCAGAGUCGUACAUGACAAUGAUGGCACCGGACUCUCCGCCGCUGGCUCCUCCCUCAAACUCAUCUAAUUCGGAUCGACGAAGCAUCCCCGAUGGCGGGCCGAAAACGGGGCCAUCGAAUUCGGGCGUGAGAACUAUCAUUGGAUCGAUCAAGCGAGUACUUCAUACCAGAAAUGGCGGCCAAAGUGUCUCUGCUAGGAUUGCAAAUGCUUCCGAAGCAAUUUCGCUACCCUCUCGUGGGAAAACAUCCGCCAUGCCUAACCAUAUUGCUUUGGGAUCUGAAUUCUAUCGUGAGAGGAAGAUGGCUGCUGGUCCUAAGCGGCCAGCUCGAAUUGAUUUGCUCUGUGAUCAAUCGCUGAAACAAUAUCGUCAGAUGAUGGGAACACACGAGGCUCAGAGAGAGACGGCUCAGCAGCUAGCCGCUGCCCCUGGCUUCCAAAAUGCCUUGCCCGAUCCUUCUAUAGAGCUCCCCCAUCUCUCGCCUCUCGAAACCCCUAGAGCGGACGGCUCUAAGAUUAAGAGUGGACUUACUACCGGCAGUGGAUCCAUCGUUAUUGUAGACGACACUGGAUUCGAGUUUCCUGUCAUGUCAGGAGCUGUGCAGGGUUAUGAACAAGCUGCCCCUGAUAAUCAUAUUAGUUCGGAAAGCAAAGUGAUGUCGGUCAUGACAAAUGGCCAGUCACAAAUAUCAGUGCCAGCACCUUCGAAACCCCCUGGCUCUCUUGCACAACGACGGUCCUUUUGUACCGAACAUCAAGCUACACCCACAAAGCGAAUGUCGCUCUCUCUUCGUCUCCGAAAGUACGCUUCUUUCCAGAGCGGGAUUUCAAAGCAUCGUCUGUCGAUGAAUAGCGAUACUAGCAAGUCCAACGCAGGCUCGUUCACCACGCAAGACCUCACAGAUAAGCCGAUGGGCCCAUCCCUUCGUCGACGACCUGGCGGCAAUUUGCGUCAGAUGCAGUUUGUGGAUGAGCUGGAACCAGGUUCUGGUCAUGAGUCCUUUAUUUCUACAGGCUCUUAUGGUGAUUCUUUGGCGGAGACCAUCUCCACAGCCAACGAUCAUGUCGAACGCCCACCGUCAGCUCUGAUCCCUCCAAACCCUCGAUUCUCCUUGAUCCAAGGUGGUUCUAACCGCAAUCUGCGGCGCUCUUUUGAAGCAGCUAUCGCUCAAUUUGCCCAGAUUCCUGACGACGAUGAUGGGGGCAUCGAAUCAACGUUACUCAAGCUUGAGGGCAAGUGGAGAGGACCGGGCGGCGUUCAACAAUUUAGUGGACGUGACGAGAGUUCUCGUGUUGAUACUGAAAGGCGUGAUAAGCCUGACUGGGAAGUCCUUGCUCGACGCCGGCAGACAGACAAAUCGGCCUACUCUACCGUUGGGGGGAGACUUGCACCUCCCCGGCCCUACUCGGACUCCGUGGCCGAGUCUGAAGAGUCUUACAACUCCAUUCCUCUUCUUGAGCGAGGACUGACGGACGAGUCAAUGCACCGGCCGCCCACGAGUCGACUCCAUGCCGCCGAUGCUUAUGGUGCUCCACUCAGUCUUAUCACUAGUCGAGAUACUUCUGAGCUAGCAUCAUCGCACCCGUCGAUUCAGAUCAUCCAAAAGACGGAUAGCAUACAACGUAUUCCCCGUGGAUCGACGGUCCCUGAACUUGGUUCAGGGUCGGCUGGGCAGAAUACUCCCAAGCGCCGGUCUGCUUUGUCCUCGGAGUUGUCUGUUGACAUGAUUGAUUCGCGAGAAGUCCUGGGGGGCCGGCUGUCUACCGAUACUCGCAGCCUGACCGGUUCGACCGUUGAUAUCCCACCGCAUCCUCUAGCACACCCACCUUCUCCUCCGAUGACCAUUCAACAUCCCGGCUCAUUCGGGUCUUCCGUGUCGCCACUGGACAAGGUGUUGUUCCAACCACAGCCUCUCACACCUGAGACGUCUCCCAGGCAUCGGGAGGUGGAUACAACCAAUAUCAGAUCCAGAAAUGUCCCCCAGUUCUCGACUGAUGUCCUCUCCAAUUCAGAGAAGAAUCGACCCGUCCAAAUGACUCUCAACGAGGUUGGGCCCGACCACGUUCCUUUCAUCCUUGCUUGCGAGUCUCAGAUGCUUGCUCAGCAGCUAACUCUGGUCGAAAUGGCUGCCUUAAGUGAGGUUGAUUGGCGGGACUUGGUGGAGAUGAAGUGGAGCAGUGCUUCUCCGGCCAUCACAUCCUGGGUCCAAUUCCUGUCUUCGGAACAGCGCAAAGGCAUUGAUCUGGUCGUUGGGCGCUUCAAUCUGAUGGUGAAAUGGGUCGUGUCCGAGAUCGUUCUCACCCGAGACGUUCAUGAGCGAGCCCGCACCGUUGUCAAAUUCAUCCAUACCGCUGCUCAUGCACGUCGCAUCUGCAACUAUGCGACGAUGCUCCAGAUCGCGAUUGCUUUGGCUUCGUCGGAUUGUACUCGGCUACAGAGUACCUGGCAGCUGGUUCCGGCGGAAGACAAGCGGAUGUUCAAGGAUAUGGAAUGUUUGAUUCAACCCGUUCGCAACUUCCAUGAUCUUCGUGUGGAAAUGGAGACAGCCAACCUCCAAGAAGGCUGCAUCCCAUUUAUUGGCCUUUACGUACACGACCUGACUUACAACGCACAAAAGCCAGCCCAGAUUCACAGCUAUAGCGGGGGACCACUGGUCAACUUCGAACGGUAUCGCACAGCGGCUCGUAUUGUCAAGAGCCUUCUUCGCCUCAUCGACGCUAGCACGAAAUAUCGCUUCGAGCCCGCUCAAGGUAUCAUCGAGCGGUGCUUGUGGAUCGCAUCCCUCUCCGAAGAGGAGAUCCAACUUCGAAGCAAGAGGCUUGAAUAAGCCUAUAUAUAAUACCUGCCUUCCAUGAGAUAUACGUCUUUUUGCUUUUUGCUUUUUUUUUUUUUUGUUUUUCUGAUGAUUGAACUCUUCAUACCCCCUUUAACUGCAGAGGUUUCUAGGCUGCCUGCCAUAUAUCCUGUAUCUAUAUUUGCAUCACUUGAUUGUUUUUCUUUGGGAAUACUUGCAGUUGUUUUAUCUGUUUGCGUUUGAAGCGAGCAUCUGCAUACGAGUUUGGGAAUUUGGAAAUAUCACGGUUGAAUGGUAGUCACAAUUGGUUUGCUUUCUACCUUGGUUACAUACCCCACGGCAUAUCCCAAUACCACGUUUGCUUGCAUUGCAACGUGUCGAUUGAAUUGAGCGAGUUUAUUGUUUAGUGAUAAUCUCCAGUAGAUCGUCC